GAAAAAUCCCGAUUGUUCCUUGGUAGUUUAGAGUUAAGCUGUUGGGUUUUACAACGUCAGCAAUUCGAUCUUAUAACGCUUACGGGGCGGGCCCUGUAUUUGCACAGGAAUGACAGAGGCUGUCUUUCGCCCAGUAUCCUGGUGCUAACACUACUAAGAAAGACGCUUCCUGAAGUAGGGUGCCUGCAAUUAUUAGACAUAAAAUGGAUUUGGCCUUGGACAGGACUGCAAAUGACCGUGAGGUGCUACGCGUGGCUCCUCAGAGUGUGGGAAAGACGGAGAAAAAUAAAAGGGUAAACUGCCAGUACUUAACAUGUCUGCUCAAAGCCCUUUCGAGCUAUGACAGGAAGCGUCUACCCGCUUCCAAAAUGUCGGCCGGCGGCACUGACGUCACUAGAUCCGCUCCAGCCAGCCAGACAGCCCACGAGCUCCACCCAAGCCCAAGCGCCUCCUUCACUCUGCGGCACUUCCGGUGGUGCAGCAGCCAUUUUGUCAGUCGCCAGUGGAUCCGCGCGCCGCAGAAGUGCAGUUCCCCCUGGUUACCAGCCCGUCCGUUCUCCCGAGGCGCCGAGGGCGCCGUCGAGGAGCGCUCACCGGAGGCACGGCCGUGCGGGCGCCCAGGGCCUCCCGCCGCUGCGUCCGCCCGUCGCUGGGCGCUGCCUUCCGCCCUCCUCGCUGACAGGCGCCCCCGGAGCCGCCGUCCGCGAUGUCAAGCGAGGAGAGCUACCGGGCCAUCCUGCGCUACCUGACGAACGAGCGCGAGCCGUACGCUCCGGGCACGGAAGGCAAUGUCAAGCGCAAGAUCCGCAAGGCCGCCGCCUGCUACGUGGUGCGAGGCGGCACGCUGUACUACCAGCGGCGGCAGCGGCACCGCAAGACCUUCGCCGAGCUGGAGGUGGUCCUGCAGCCCGAGCGGCGCCGCGGCCUCAUCGAGGCUGCACACCUGGGCCCCGGCGGCACUCACCACACCCGGCACCAGACCUGGCACGACCUGUCCAAGACCUACUGGUGGCGAGGCAUAUUAAAGCAAGUCAAGGAUUACAUUAAGCAGUGUAGCAAAUGCCAGGAGAAACUAGAUCGUUCUCGUCCAAUAUCAGAUACUUCGGAAAUGCUGGAAGAAUUGGGACUCGACCUUGAAUCUGGAGAAGAAAGUAAUGAAUCAGAGGAUGACCUGAGUAACUUUACUUCACCUCCAACCACAGCCUCCAAGCCUACCAAGAAGAAGCCGGUAUCCAAACAUGAACUUGUUUUUGUUGACACCAAAGGGGUGGUAAAACGCUCUUCGCCAAAGCACUGUCAGGCCGUCUUAAAACAGCUGAAUGAGCAGAGACUUUCCAAUCAAUUCUGUGAUGUUACUUUGUUGAUUGAAGGAGAGGAGUAUAAAGCUCAUAAAUCUGUCUUGUCAGCUAAUAGUGAAUAUUUUCGAGAUCUUUUUAUUGAAAAAGGAGCUGUUUCCAGUCAUGAGGCUGUAGUGGAUCUUUCUGGUUUUUGUAAGGCCAGCUUCCUUCCUUUGCUGGAAUUUGCCUAUACUUCUGUGCUAAGUUUCGACUUCUGUAGCAUGGCUGAUGUUGCUGUCCUAGCUCGUCAUCUGUUCAUGUCAGAAGUUCUAGAAAUUUGUGAAAGUGUGCAUAAACUAAUGGAGGAGAAGCAGCUAACAGUAUAUAAGAAGGGUGAAGUACAAACAGUAGCUUCCACACAGGACUUAUCACAACAGAAUGGAGGCACAACCCCUCCUGUGGCUAGCAAUGAGGGAACGACAACAACUUUAUCUACGGGACUUGAGGAUUGUGAAAUUGUGCUACUGAUAAAUGGAGAAUUGGUUGAGACUGGACAGAAUGGAGUAGUAGGAAGACAGCCUGGCCCCCAGGUUUCUUCACCGGCCAAAGCUGUUCUUCCAUCUGUGGAGUGUGCAUCUGAUUCCUGUUCAGAAAUGGAAUGUGUUAAUUCAGUAACAAAAAACAACCAAACGGAACUAGAAGCUUCAAACAUCAGAGAAGAUAGCACAGUCGCUAACCUGCCUUCUAAUCUCUCAAGAGAGACGGUGAUCAGUAGCCCUCCAGAGAACAGUGACAAUGGAAAUGUUACAUUGACCGGCAAUGACUGUACUGAAGACAUUCCGAAAUACGAACACAGCCUUGGACAACCUUUAGAAAAUGUGGAGAAUCCAGUUGCAGUGACAGCAAAGACAGACCUCGGGCCUGAUGAUGAUACCUACCGGAGCCGACUGAGGCAGCGUUCUGUGAACGAAGGAGGGUAUAUUCGUCUACACAAAGGCAUGGAAAAAAAACUGCAGAAACGAAAAGCCAUUCCCAAGUCAGCAGUUCAACAGGUGGCCCAAAAACUAGUUCAAAGAGGAAAAAAGAUGAAACCACCAAAAAGGGAUGCUAAAGAGAACACUGAAGAAGCGCCCCACAAAUGUGGGGAAUGUGGAAUGGUUUUUCAGAGACGAUAUGCUCUUAUAACACACACACUAAAACAUGAAAGAACUAGAGAUUACAAAUGUCCAUUGUGUAAAAAGCAGUUCCAGUACAGUGCCUCCUUGCGAGCCCACCUUAUCCGACAUACCAGAAAGGAUGCACCCUCUUCGUCCUCUGCCAAUUCUGCAUCUAAUGAGUCAUCGGCAUCAUCAUCUGAGAAGGGCAGAACAAAACGAGAAUUCAUAUGUUCCAUUUGUGGAAGGACAUUACCUAAGUUAUAUUCACUUCGAAUACAUAUGUUAAAGCACACAGGUGUAAAGCCACAUGCGUGCCAGGUCUGUGGAAAGAGUUUUAUCUACAAGCAUGGUCUGAAGUUACACCAGAGUCUACAUCAGACCCAAAAGCAGUUCCAGUGUGAACUUUGUGUUAAAUCAUUCGUUACCAAACGGAGUCUUCAAGAACAUAAGAGUAUUCACACAGGUGAAUCCAAGUACCUUUGCGCAGUCUGUGGAAAGUCUUUUCACAGGGGCUCUGGACUCAGCAAACACUUAAAGAAGCAUCAGCCAAAGCCUGAAGUUCGAGGCUAUCAUUGUACCCAGUGUGAGAAAAGCUUCUUUGAAGCCCGGGAUCUUCGUCAGCACAUGAAUAAACAUCUUGGUGUGAAACCAUUCCAGUGCCAAUUUUGUGAUAAGUGCUAUAGUUGGAAAAAAGAUUGGUAUUCCCACGUGAAGUCUCAUUCUGUCACUGAACCUUACAGGUGUAAUAUAUGUGGCAAAGAGUUUUAUGAGAAAGCUUUAUUUAGAAGGCACGUAAAGAAAGCUACUCAUGGAAAAAAAGGAAGAGCAAAGCAAAAUCUGGAACGGGUGUGUGAACAAUGUGGGAAAAAAUUCACUCAGCUGAGAGAGUAUAGGAGACACAUGAACAACCACGAAGGCGUUAAACCGUUUGAGUGCUUAACAUGUGGAGUAGCUUGGGCUGAUGCCCGAUCUCUAAAACGCCACGUCAGAACACAUACUGGUGAACGGCCCUAUGUCUGUCCGGUAUGUAGUGAAGCCUACAUAGAUGCUCGAACACUUCGUAAACAUAUGACUAAAUUCCACAGAGACUAUGUGCCUUGCAAAAUUAUGCUGGAAAAAGAUACCCUUCAGUUUCAUAAUCAAGGAACUCAAGUGGAGCAUGCUGUUAGUAUUGUAACCACAGACAUGCAGGAACAAGAAAAUAGUGCUCCUCAGGAACUUGAGACUGUAGUGGUGACAGGAGAAACAAUGGAAGCUCUGGAAGCAGUUGCAGCCACUGAGGAGUGCCCAGCGGUAUCUACACUUUCUGACCAAAGCAUUAUGCAAGUAGUUAAUUAUGUAUUGGCACAGCAGCAGGGACAGAAGCUGUCAGAAGUUGCAGAAGCUAUUCAAACUGUUGAAGUAGAAGUGGCACAUAUAUCAGAAGCAGAAUGAAUGUAGCUAUGAAAAUGAAAAAGAGUGGCUGAUAUCUCCUGUAUACUAAACUCACAGAAGAUUUGUUUACAAUACCAUGCAACUGUCUGCUCAAAGUUCCUAUGCCAAGACUCGGGGCUUGAUGAUGUGAUAUUUCUGAACAAUUUGUGCAGUGAAAUCUUUAGAAAGUUUGUUUUCUGUGAAGAAAUUGAAAACAAAUCUGCGUAAUGGCAGUAAUUUGUCAUAGUAUUUCUUUUAUGCAUAAAUGGUUAUAAAUGUACUAAAUUUAAAGCUGUACAGUUUCAUUUACAUUUCAGCAUUGUUUCAUUAUAUAUUUUGAGUUUAAAGGUUAGACCAUUUGUUUUUUUUUUUCUUCUCAAAAUAUAGAGGUUCUGUGAUUUUACCCUGUUUAUGGAUUAAAAAGAAAAUUCUAAUAUAAAACAUUUCAUUAGAUUUAUAGAUAUAAUAGGAUUUUUAAAAAUGCUUUAGAUUGUGAUUUUUGGCUUACUAUUUAUUUUUAACCCCUCUUAAGUCAGGGAUUGUUUAUUUUGUUUUGAAAGCACUUAAUGAGUUACAUGUUGUAAUCAAGUUUGCACAAUAUACUUAUCUUUAUGGGGAACCCAUAAAAGAAUAGCUAAUUUUUAAUAUGCCAUUAAAAUGCAUGAAAUGCCUGUUGAAGCCUUACUCUGCUAUCUCUUCAAGGCAAUUAACGACCAUGAGGAAAGAACAUUACUAAUAAACAUUAUUCAUGGAAAAUGUUCCUGGUAAAAUAGGAAAAUAAGUGAAAGGCAGCAAAAGGAAGGUCUCAUUCUGUUAUUAAAGAAUGAACGAGUUAGGUUUACUGUAUUUUCAGCUGUUGUAUCAUGUUUGUUUAAUUUUGUUGGGAAACUUCAGUUGAGAAAUAGAAUUGCAGUGGCCCUGUGGAUACUAUAUAAUUGCCAAAUACUUUAGAAUAUUAUUUAAUACAGUGCUCACUAUAAUAUAUUACUUGAAUAAAUUGAUAAUGAUUUCACCAAAUUGUUGAAAAUAUAAAUUAUUUGUAAAUUAUCUGGAAACUAAAUUAUAUUAUUUCAUGUGUUUGAUUUUUUUUUUUUAAGUUCCCACCCCUUUAAACUAUCCACACUUCUGGUUUUCCAGAUAACCAGGAGGAAAUGCCACAUUUCUCUGUAUGAAACUAUUAUUCAAGCUGUAAUUGUGAAAAAUCAGUUCUUAAUUUUUAGAAGCUAUAAAGUGUAAAAUUAAGAUACAAGCAGAUCAUAUGUAAAUCAUUCCUAAAGCACAAGUAAAGAAUGUGCCUUGAUGUACAUAUGUUAAGAUGCUUAUUCCAGUUUACUCUAAAAAUGGCUUUAAGGAUAAAGAACAAAUGUGAUAGUCAUGCAUGCAUUAUACCUGUGUGUAAUAUUUGCAUUUGCAAAUUUCCAAUUGUUUUAAUAGCUGUGUGGCUUUCAAUUUCAAGAAGUGAAUUGACAUACAGCCCAUAACUUGAUAAUGGCUGCUCAUUUGGUGUAUCUUUUCAUUUAGUGAAAAAGUGUUUCCAUCUGAUAAAAAUUUGGAAUUGUGUCUUUUAUGUUUCGUUCUUACUGUUGUUAGAUUUAGUUGUGUAAGAUCAUUAAUGUAUGUCAUAAGUAUGUAAAUAAAAGAUGUUGAAUCUUGUUUAAAAGUCUAAA